UUUAUGGCUGUAAAACAUUAUAUAUUGUAGUUUUUGCUGUGUUAGAAAGAUGCCACUCCACAGACAGCCCUGAAAGCUACAUGGAAUGAUAUAGAUAAAGUUAAUGCCGUAGGAAGAAAGGAAAGGGGACUAGCAGUACUCAAACAGGCUCUAUAUAUUUUAGAGUGCAGAGAGAAAAAGAGAGAGCAAAGACCAAACAUAAGUCCAAAAAGACACCAACACAAAAUAAAGGAAAGCUCUAUUGGUGGUAAAGGAUAAAAGGGAUCAUUAGCAUACCCUUGUGGCAGAAGUAUAAACUUACCAAGUGAAAGAGAUUUGAUAGAGGGAGAGAACAAAAGGAAACAUAGAAAGAAACUGAUUGAUCGAUAGAAUUACAAGACCGAACUAGAAGAGAACACAGUCAGUCAUUCUGCAUCAAAGGGAUUAAGGUUUGUGUCUUUUUAUAGUUUGAUUAGUUCCCUCUUGCUCUUUCUCCUUGUCAAUGUCCAUGUCAUUUUUAUUCCUUGAGGAAAUGAAAAAAAUAUGAAAUAUUCUUCUCGAUACCCUUUUAUCUUUCAGCUCUUGCUCCCUUUUUUCUAGUAUUAGACAAAACAGAAAAUACCUUAACCUUUCUGACUUUUGAACCCUUAAAUCUUCUUCUGUUCACUCCAUCACAUAUAAAGCUUUGGAGUUUGGAUUCACAUCAGAGGGAGAUGAAAAAGGAAUUAGAUGAUCAAGGACAGUGUUCCUCUCAACCAAUCAACAACAAUAACAACAACAAUAUUCAAAGCUACCAAGAGCACCUUCUCCUUCAACAACAGAUGCAUCAGCAGCAGCAGCAGCAACAAAAUAGUGACAACAUCUUCGGGGGUUCAAGAGGGUUAAUGUUCCCUGAAGUUACUCCAAUCAUGCAACCAUGGUCCAUCCCUCCGGUUCACUCAUUCAACCCGGGUCCGGUUCACUACAACAAUAUUAACACCAACCCUGUCAGAGACCAUCAUGACCAAACGUUUAUAGUCCCUCCCACACCUUCACCCUAUGCGAGCUUCUUCAGCAGAAGGGUCCCUUCUCUUCAAUUUGCAUACGAGAGUCCUUCUUCUGAUCUCCACCAUCUAAGGAUCAUAUCUGACACCCUCGGACCUAUGGUUCAACCCGGUUCAGCACCCUUUGGACUCCAAGCCGAGUUGGGAAAAAUGACUGCUCAAGAAAUCAUGGAGGCUAAGGCUCUUGCUGCAUCAAAGAGUCACAGUGAAGCAGAAAGAAGACGUAGAGAGAGAAUCAACAACCAUCUUGCCAAGCUUCGGAGUUUAUUGCCAAACACUACAAAAACAGAUAAAGCUUCGCUGCUAGCAGAAGUGAUUCAGCACGUGAAGGAGCUGAAGCGGCAAACCUCUCUGAUAGCAGAAAGCAGUGCAGUGCCAACCGAGGCAGACGAGUUGACAGUAGAUGCAGCAGACGAAGAUGGAAAGUUUGUGAUCAAAGCCUCACUGUGCUGUGAAGAUAGAUCAGAUCUCUUACCCGACCUCGUAAAAACGUUGAAGGCCUUGAAGCUGAGAACCCUCAAGGCUGAGAUCACAUCGCUUGGUGGGCGUGUGAAGAACGUGUUGGUCAUUGCUGGUGACGAAGAAAGUUCAAACACCAAUGGAGAACAAAGCAUUCAGCAGCAACAACAACAAUACUGUAUUACCUCAAUACAAGAAGCACUGAAGGCAGUGAUGGAGAAGAGUGGUGGUGGAGAUGAAUCAGCUUCUGGGAAUGUUAAGCGCCAAAGGACUAAUAACAUCAAUUUUCUUGAACAAAGAUCUUUGUAAUUGUUCCGAGAGAGACAAAAGGGGUGGAGUUGGUUAAGGAAAGGAACAGAGAAGGAUCUUUUUCGUGGGAACAGAAACCUUAUAUUGAAUCCUAACAUGGAAAAUGAUGCAUUGAUUGCUCUGUAAGAAGAAAAUGAAAAUG